UUAAAGUGUCUUAAAGGGACCUGUUCAUCCAUUUUUGCGCUGAGUCGUCUUUUAAUGUGCAACAAUGUCGAAAAAAAUUCCGUCUUGGGUAAUUUUUCCCGGAAUUGAUAUUCCUUAGCAUGAUGCAAGCAAUCUUCACACGAUACUCACCCCCGGCUUUCGUCUCAGGCCCAAAUGACCUAGAUAACCGAUACGGAUAGAUGCUUUACCUAGUGACUCAGCCCAAGAAUUACAUCGCACAUAAUAAGGUACGCAAGCGUGUUGUAUAGAAUUACAGAAUUUCAUACAAUAUUACUUGUGGUAUCACAAAGACGCAAAUUUUGUGUAGAGGUGAAAAUUGCAUAAAAUUGCAAAUGCUCCAUAAUUAGUAGCGAAUAUACCAAGGUAAGAAUUAGACUUGUAAGACUGCGAAUUCAUCUUGCUGCUUCAUCUCCUGUUGUUCGUUCAUCACUUCUAAGACCAAAGCUUCCCAUACAAAUCACCAUGGUUUUCACUUCAACUUGAUUCUCAUCACCGGUUCCGUGCAUUAUCGUUUCCCUUUCCGCUUCUCUUGUUGAGUAUUUGUUUACUUUCAUCGACAACUCCCGUUUCGCGGCUUUCAACAGAGCUGUUUCGUGCUCGGGAAAAACACUGAACAACCGACACAAUAUUGCCCCGGGGGACGAAUUGACCAGCAUCAAGCACUAGCCCCCCUGUUUGGUGGAACAAGUAUUCGCCCUUUUGCAGAAAGGAACACUUGCAGCAGGACGCAGACAAGAGAAAUCACCGUAUACAAAAACCACUCCAUUUGCUCCCGGACCACGAACAGACAAGCACAAUGUCGGUGAAAAGUCCUCUCCCGAUGCAUCGCUUCAUGGUGAAAAAGCACACGCUGUUUAUAAUUCUUCCGCUUUCAUCGAUCAGUCGUUGUUGCUUCAUCGUCCUCCUCGCUCUUCAAUGCGGCUUCUUGAUAGUGACAGACUUUUCAUCAACAUUGUGGUGGAGGGCGACGCCUGGGUACCCGGUGACCGCCAGCUGGUUUUUCGCUUCACGAGGAGGGAUGAGCGACGACUUGGGCUAUCACAACUACUUACCGCAGCUACUCAUGGUUCGUGCGAUUCACCAAGACUCGGCGUCCGGCAGCAGUAGCCUUUCCUCCUCUUCUUCCAGGAGGACGAUCGGCGCAGAAGCGGACGAUUCGGUGUCAGCGUCUUCUGCUGUCGCAGACCACGAUCAUCAAGCUCCAGAUGUAGAUGAGCAUCAACAUGUAACUCGUUCUACUGCGACUGCGACUUCAUCUCAUGAACCGCUGCAACAGAAAAAUCACGCGCCAGGGGGCGGCCGGGAACGCGAAAGUUACGUCGAGGCGGACGAGGUUGAUGCCAGUGCAGCUGUUGCCGUUGCGGCAAAGAAUGCAGGAGGAAGGAAUGAUGGUUCACUACAGCCAGUGGGAACUACAACUACACAUGAUUCCGGUCUUCACCAGAAUGAUCCGAGGACAGAAGCUACUACAACACUCGAGAACGAAGGGAAGGACUCCAGCAGCAUGGAGAACGAUCACUCGAGAACUACUGCAAGGAACGAUGGUACUAGUCGAACCCCUGUACAACAUGGCGUUGCAACUUCGGGCGAGAAACGGAGUACUCUACCGGUAGUUGUGGACGACUCGGAAUCUUCAUCAAGAGCACUCAUCAUCUCAGCUCCCGCUUUGGACGCAGUAGUAACUGGCAGCGUAUUCAUUGCAAAUGGAUGUGGCUGGGUCUGAAUCUCAAAAGAAUACGCGGGCGUCAUUAUAGGGGUGCUUUCGAUUGCCUUUACGCUUUAAAAAGGAGGUUUUCCCAUGACCCGUGGUCAAGGUCGAGAAGUACUAACGUACGUGGUUUCUUUCUGGCUUUACUGUCGGAGGACAAAAACAGGGCCCAUCACUGGGGGCUCCUCCUCAUACAUGGCACAGCGCCAAUGUACAUGCAAAUGUAAUUCGUCCUUCAGAACCCAGGCAUAUAUAUUCGUGUUUGCAAUGCAUACGACAGCACGACUACAACGACCACCACCAGCACCUCUAGUUCUUCGUCUUCCACCGCUCUGGUACUCUACAAGAAGAAGUCGUCCGUAUGGCAACCUCAAGAAACCAAGAAAAACUUUCAAUGUGGAAGAAAUUUAUUCGCCUGUACAUCCAAGAAGAGCACAGCUUAGACUGUGACAGCCUCCCUUAUGGAGGGCGCGCAGCAACUUGAGGCUUUGGCUUUUGUAUUCUAAGGCGUUUUCUACUUCUGACCCAGUGCUGCUGCUGCAGCCUUCUGGGAACGUGAAAAAUGUGUCAGGCUCAACGCCAGCACGUAGCUUCAGGGAUUCACGCGAGCGGUGGACCAAUUGUGUAAGCGAAUUCGUCAUGGGAAGGCGCAGACAAGAGCAGGACGAGGCAACGGUUUUUUGACUCGAUGUGUUAUGACAAAUCUCUUCUACCCUGAAUAGCUUCCAACUGAGGUUUCCAUAGCCGAUGUUGCGCCGCCAGGUUCACCCACCUGCUCCCACUACUCUGGUUGGGAAGAUGUUGCUCGGCUUGGUCGACUCUCUGGAAUCGAGUUUCUUGCAGAUGAUUUUCGGUGCCCUUGCUCCCGUUUUCGGUGGCCAUGCAGCGGAACCUGUGGAACCCGAUCAUGUCAAGGUGAACGUCGGCGGCAUUGGUGGUUAUGCUGGGCCGGGUCCUGAAGAGAUCAAAAAAUAUACUAGUUACAACAACUUGGUAGAUGCAGGUCUUCCCCGGCAAUUGUACCUCUGUACCGUGACCGAGCCCGACGCCGGCACGGUCUGGGCGAACAGUUUGAGCUGGUUGUCGGACACAGUAGCAAAAGGAAAAGUGGAAAACAGAGACGCUAAUGAAUGCAAGGUCAAUCCUACCGCGGAUCCUGACAUAAUGAAGCGAAAACGGUUUUUGGCCCACAUCUUCCCGGAAAAACACGAUAGUGAUAGAAAAGGAUUUGUCGAGGGUCAGUACAAACUCGCUCAGAUCUCUCCUAUGUGCGUAACCCUUUUGAAGAGUCACAUUGUUCCGGAUGGUGGGAAUGCCGAGGCGAAGGAUCUCGAAGAACAACAGUGGUUUCGAGCUAUAAAGCAGAUGCGGAUGACGAUCAACCAGCGGCAGCAGCACAAGGACGGCAUCGCAUCAACCAGAAGUAAAAUAUCUUCACCUCAACAAAGAACAAGCCUCGAUGAAAUGGAACAUAUGUGCGUGCGCAGCACUCCAGCGUUUCCCCCGGAUUCUAACCGACUGCUCCCCUGUUUAGAGACUACGUGUACCGACGGCCCGUACCUCGGACGUCUCGGGGCCGUAACCCUCAGGCCAGCCGCUACCUGCGCCGUGACCGUAGUCGAGCCGUUCAGCGUUAAACUGACAACGAUACCCUACGUCCAAGGUGCGCCCGAUCCUGCUACUAGUGCUACGGCAACGACGUGGACAGUGAAUCCUGGCGUCGAUAUAGCUGUGCAAGCCCAUCAACUGCAACUGAACAAGGUUGGAUCGGAUACAGCAGAGCAUCACUUCAUCAGAUUCGCCUUUUUGCUGACGUCAUCUUCGCAAACUGGUUUGUGGGGACGAGCAACAACAAAAGACUAUGAGCUCAUCCUGUAUGCCGGAUACUCUGCAAGCGGGUUCAGCUGCGACCUUGCAAUUCGGGAUCUGGACGACAAAUCGCAAACAGGGGAGACCAGCACGCGCGCCCUAAGGCAAGCGCCCGCGGAGCUACGAGCUGCUCUCCAGUAUCCGGAUUGGUGCACCCCUUACAACGCGCAGGAAGUGCUCGAUCCGGAAGGCGGGAUUUUCAUUAGAGCAAGAGCAGAUACCCUGUACAAUAUAAUACGCAACUUUGUUCCAACUGCGACGUGGUCCGACGUUCUCGUUGCUAUUGCCGCAGCGUUUUACGGACCAUUCAAAAGCGGAAACGACUACGUGGAGACUCCCUCUAUGUUUUCUUCUAAGCCGCAGCUCAACUGUCAGUCUCUUGCGUUUUUUCUAUUCAACUUGUUCCCGUUGGACGGCGCCGAGGGGCUCGAGGUCGAGAAGCAGCCCGACGCGCUAGACGUGGAUUUGGCGAACACACGCCAGCCGUUGCUCCAGGAUUUUCCGGAACCGUUUUGGACCAGACAAGGCAUGGGCGACUCGCUACUAACCACAGUAGGGAAAUUGGUGGGCUGGGGAGGUUGGCUCAGUAAAUCCGGGGAAGAGAAGACGCCGACCGGCGGCACAAUCACGAGGACAAAGCCAACUUAUUGCAAGGGAGGAAAAAUCACUGGAAAAUUCAGAAUGUCCUUGCUGGAAUUGGAAGCGAGCGGGAUUGACUGCAAGACAUCUGCUUCCGACGGAGAUGCUGAACCUGCCAGCAAUGAUCUCGCACCCACGUCCAACAUUGAAACCGAUGGCACAACAAAGGUAACGAGUCCGGAUCCGGAUCUCCGCGCAGCACGUCCGCAGCACAGGAACGAGGUGGAGGAAAAAGGGCGCACCGCUGCAACCGCAGUACAAUCGGACACCCACACCGCACUACGGGUGUCUGUACCAGGACGGCCGAGUAAGUCUAGUAGUUCGUCAGCAACACGGCCGGACGAGCACUUCCUUGAUGGAGCAAACAGAAAAACCGCUCCGGUAGUGGUGAGCGAGGUGGAGUUCCGGAAACGAGAAGAGCAAGAUGGCACUCCAUCAACGAUUGCUGUCCCUCCAUCGGGAAAACGAACAACAGAGCCCGCUGCACCUGGAGCAGAAAAGGACCACACGACCGCGGUGUCAACCGCACAGAUGAAGAAACUGAAUGCUGGUGCACCUGUUUCCGUGCCAGCAUCCAACAUUCCAGACAAUCGGCGCGGAGGAACCAGUAGGAGUACAGUCGCCACUACUUUUACCACCAGUAGAACCACCGGGAGCACGACCGUGGCCAACCAGCACGACGAGCUCACUAUUACCGAGAAGCAGCACGACCACCUUCGGAAUUCUGAAGAAAUCGAGCAAGGCCUUCAUGGACAACUACCGAGAUCUUCUUCCGCUACUCCGCCUCCCAUCUCUCCGACGAAGUUGAUGGUCGUCAACGGGGACCCAGCUCAAGAGGGUGAUCAAUUGCAUCACGCAGUAGCAGGACCUUCUUCGCCGGUAGCAGGAGGUGGAACCAAUGAGAACAUUGGCCGUGAUGUAGUUGCAACAGCUUCCGGUGGACGAGAUUCUUCUUACAAGAAGGACAUCAAUCAUCUCGCUGGUGGUGGCCACAAAGAGGACCGUGACGUGGCACCGAGUGGUCUACCGCCAGAGGACGAGUUUGCGAUACCAGAUCCCAUGGCGGGGAAAAUGAGGAAGUCCACCACGACGUCGCAGUCCGAUUUGCUGAGAGAAGAAGAAGAAGAGGACGAGGUGGAGAAGAACACUUUUCGGCAACUGAACGAGCUGGAACCGCUGGAACAAGCCGAAAACGAAGUGUCUGGCCACCGCCGGCGCACCAACGCUGUUGGAGAAUAUCGUGCGUGAAAACGUCCCCACGAGGAUAGUCAAGAUGGGACGAGUAGAUCUGCUGCCGUUCUGCUUGGGGCGCAUGACAGGUUUGCGCUCGCGGUGUAGUCGUGCAUGGGUAGUGAAGCCACAUUAGAUAAAAAUCGACGCUCUCAACAUCGUGUUGAUCAGAGCAUCAUGUCAAGUUCCAAAACACCACGACUGGAAAAUGGGCAUCCUGAUGGGGCUGCGCAUAGGAAACAUUUUUCUUAGGCAUGCAGAUCUACACAUGGCAUUUGCAAGUAUCGGGUGGGUACGUCUUUGCACACGAUAGAAAACAAACCGCCGGGACUAGUGGCGUGAACACGGCGACGAACGAUGGACACGGGGACAACAUGAAGGUCAAGACCAAGGGACCGGAGCACGUCGACACCGAAUCGCCGAAUUCGGCGUGAAAAGAAUAACGAUAGAUCAUGAACGAGUGAGUGCGGGAACGGGAUGAGCUUUUCUAGUAGGUGGUGACCUAACCAUGCGAAAGCGGGGACGCGGAGUGUUGAUGAAAUUGUAAGCCUAAAUUAAAAUAUGUAAAAGUAGCAGUAGGGUGAGAAACGAUAUUUGAAUGAGAGUUGAGGACGACCACAUGAAUGUUGAAGAUUGUGAUGUACUAAAUUAAUUACGGAACUUUUUUUGCCCGGCAAUUCUUUGCCACGGACGAAGGUGAUGAAUCAAUGAUACGGUAGGGAUGAAGAAGAACUGAAAAGCAGAAGCAGGCAGAUGAAAAACGGAUCGGAGAAAAAUUCGCUUGAUAAAGCAUGACACCAUAGAAAAUUGUGAUGUCGAAAUGUCCCUGUGCAGCAGAACCACUAUAAAAAAAAUGAAUACGAUAAGCCACAUACACAUAAUAUUUUCCAAGAAAAUGAAAAUCAUAAAAUCACUGCACUCACAUAAAACGCACUUGGCGUGUAUGUCUUCAGGCGCCGGAAGAAGAAUGUCAACGCGAUGCAUCUUCCCCAAGGGGUUUGCUGAUGUCGAAUGCGCAUGGGUUAACACAAACAGCAAAAGGAGUGCGCACCCCUUGCGAUGCAGCGCUGCGAGAAGAAGCGUC